AUGACGACGUUGCAGACGCCAGCCAAAACCAAUAAGGGCAAUGAAGAGGCAGAAGCUGCAUUGAAUACGCUGGUCCACAUGCGUGGAAUGGCUCAAGGAAAUGUCACUCGAAUCAAGAACAUCUUGGCUCGAGCCGAAGCGGAUCAGACUGAACUAACUCCUGCUCAAGUAAAGGUCUAUAUCAAGAAGGUGGAAACUGCAUACACCGAAUAUCACCAGUUACAUCAGCAAGUUGUGGCCAGUCUUCCAAUCAACAAACGAGAAGAGCAGGAUGCAAAGUACUUGAGUUUUGAAGCGUUACAUGAAGAGGUAUCAACUAUUCUCGAAACCUGGCUCGGGAAUCUGACAGCACCUCCACAGAAUCAGCUCCAACAAAUGGCCCCAGUCACUGGGAAUCAGCAACCGGUGGUAAUCCAGCAGUCCCUUCCUCGUGCGAUUCCCACGUUUGACGGAAGAUACGAGAACUGGGAAAAAUUUAAAAUCAUGUUUCGCGACGCCGUGGACCGUACCAACGAAGCACCACGCAUAAAGCUGUACCAUCUUGAGAAGGCUCUCGUUGGUGACGCAAUGGGGCUUAUCGAUGUGAAGACGAUUAGCGACGGGAACUACGAACACGCCUGGAAACUUUUAGAGGAGCGUUUCGAGGAUAAAAGGCGAAUGAUCGACAUUCACAUCGCUGGCUUACUCGGAACAAAGAAAAUACCGAAGGAUGAUUAUGCCGAUCUGAGAACACUGGUCGAAAGUAUUAGCGGUCACGUGGAGAAUCUCAAGUUCCUCAACCAGCAAUUCACAGGUGUGUCGGAGCUAAUUGUCGUUCAUCUUGUCGCUCGUUCUUUGGAUGCGACAACGAAGAAAGAGUGGGAAUCAACAAUAAAGCGAGGCGAGCUUCCCACCUACGAAAACACCAUCAAGUUUUUGAAGGACCGCGUCUCAGUUCUGGAGAGAUGUCAGGGUUCAAACGAAGAAUCUCGGUCCCAGCGAGGAACAGCCAAACAACUAACAGGGAAAUUUGCAGUUUCGAAGGCCAACACCGCAACGGCCUCUUCGACAUCGGAUCCACAUUGUGAGAUGUGUGGAGAAAGACAUCCUACGUUCAAGUGUUCGUCGUUUAACAGCCUUUCCACGAGUGAACGGCUGUCCAAAGUUAAAGAGAGGAACAUCUGUUUUAACUGCUUGAGGCGUGGACACAGCGUGAAGAACUGUCCAUCGAAGAAGUCUUGCUUUAGGUGCAACAAGAAGCAUCAUACAUUGUUGCACUUGGAGGGUAAUGCCAGCUUAAACUAA